GCAGAGAGUGGGGGCGCACGGUGUACGGGAUAUCCGAGUACACUGGCUAUCUGACCAAGCAGUCUGAUUGCAGGCACACAUUUCGUGUCAUCCGUGUGUUUUCGCCCACCAGGCCAGUGCACCGGCUGUGGAGUCAUCGAAUAUAUUCGCUGCAUUUUAGCCGUAUACCCUGUUUCGAUUCCAUUUGACAGAGAUCGCUACCUGACUGAACUAUGCCAGCGAGAAAAUAAUGCGGAGCGAGACUUCCGUGGCGAGUCCAUCCCAGGUCCACCAAGACAGCGAUAGGGGAUUAUUUUAAAGCGUUUUAUCUGAGGCAUAAACAAACAUCCUUGGGGCUGGGGGUGCAGGGCUAUUUGGGGAACCAGACGCGAUGGCCAAUGCCUCCACAGACCUGGACAACGCUGAGGCCCAGAGACAACUAAACAACAACAACCGGCCGACCAGCACAGGAUUCUGGGAAACUGAAACCACCAGUGCCAAGCUGUUUGAAUGCUCCCGCAUUAAAGCACUUGCAGAUGAGAGAGAUGCAGUUCAGAAGAAGACGUUCACUAAGUGGGUGAACUCCCACCUUGCUCGCGUAUCCUGCCGCAUCUCUGACCUUUACAACGACCUGAGGGACGGCUACAUGCUCACCAGACUCCUGGAGGUUCUGUCUGGGGAACUGCUGCCUCGGCCCACAAGAGGCAGGAUGCGGAUUCACUGUCUAGAGAAUGUAGACAAGGCUCUGCAGUUCCUUAAAGAGCAGAGGGUUCACCUGGAGAAUGUUGGCUCCCAUGAUAUUGUUGAUGGGAACCACCGUCUCACCCUGGGCCUCAUCUGGACCAUCAUCCUACGCUUCCAGAUUCAAGUGAUUAAGAUUGAGACUGAAGACAACAGGGAAACACGCUCAGCUAAGGAUGCUCUUUUGCUUUGGUGUCAGAUGAAAACAGCAGGGUAUCCUGAGGUCAACAUUUACAACUUCACCACAUGCUGGAGGGAUGGACUGGCAUUCAAUGCACUCAUACACCGACACAGGCCUGAUUUGAUAGAGUUUCACAAGUUGACCAGAUCUAAUGCCACACACAACCUCCAGCAAGCCUUCAACAUUGCUGAGCAGAGUCUAGGACUCACUAAGCUACUGGAUCCAGAAGAUGUGAACACAGAGAAUCCUGAUGAGAAGUCCAUUAUUACAUAUGUAGUAUCCUACUAUCAUUACUUCUCCAAAAUGAAAGCUCUUAUAGUGGAGGGCAAAAGAAUUGGAAAGGUCUUGGAUAACGCCAUAGAGGCAGAGAAGAUUAUCCAGCGCUAUGAUGCUCUGGCCUCAGACCUGCUGGAGUGGAUUGAGAGGACCAUCAGCAUCAUCAGUAACCAGAAGUUUGCUAACUCGCUAACAGGCGUACAGCAGCAACUUCAAGCCUUUACGACCUACUGUACCAUCGAAAAGCCUAUCAAGUUCCAAGAGAAAGGAAACCUGGAGGUGCUGCUCUUCACUAUCCAAAGCAAGCUCAGAGCAAAUAACCAAAAGCCAUAUGUGCCUCAUGAUGGGAAACUCAUCUCUGACAUCAACAAGGCAUGGGAGAGGCUAGAGAAGGCAGAGCACGAGAGGGGUGUAGCUCUAAGAAAGGAGCUGAUUCGCCAAGAGAAACUGGAGCUCCUCGCCCAGCGUUUUGAUCACAAGACCACCAUGAGGCAAGCCUGGCUCAACGAGAACCAGCGACUUGUUUCCCAGGAUAACUUUGGCUAUGAUUUGCCUGCUGUGGAGGCAGCCAUGAAGAAGCAUGAGGCAAUUGAGGCAGAUAUUUCAUCCUAUGAGGACCGCAUCAGUGUGGUGGUAGAGCUGGCAGUGGAGAUGGAGGCGGAGGGGUACUACGACAUCCGUCGCAUCCUGGCACGUAAGGAGAACAUCCUGGGACAGUGGGGCCUCCUCAAAGAGCUGGUGGUGGGGCGGAAAGCACGUCUGGAGAAGAACCUGGCACUGCAGAAAACCUUUCAGGAGAUGGUGUACAUGAUUGACUGGAUGGAAGAGAUGCAGGUUAAACUGCUAUCUAAAGACUAUGGAAAACACCUGCUAGAAGUGGAAGACCUGAUCCAGAAACACAACCUGCAAGAGGCUGAUAUCACAGUACAAGCAGAGAGGGUGGAGACACUAAACAUUGCUGCUCUUAAAUUCACCACCAUUGAGGGCUACCAGCCAUGUGAUCCCCAGGUGAUCUGUAAUCGAGUCAACCACGUCAGCACCUGCCUUGAUGAGCUGAAGCAAUUGGCAGCGAAAAGGCGCUCAGAGCUAGAGGAGUCACGGGAGCUCUGGGCCUUCUUCCAGGAAGUGGAGGAGUCCGAGGCCUGGAUUCGUGAAAAGACUUCUAUCCUGGCCACCCAGAGCUGUGGUAAGGACCUGAGUAGUGUCCUGAGGCUUCUGCAGAAACACAAGAGUCUUGCUGGGGAGCUACUGGCCCGCCGCACCCUUCUCCAGCAGACUAUGAAGAAAGGCAAACAGAUCCUGACCCAGAAGAGCUUCAGCAUGGCCGGGAUACAGGACAGGCUGCUGGAGGUCAAAGGAGAGUGGAAGCGUCUGGAGGACCAGGCCACACAGCGGCUUGGCCAGUUACAGGAGGCGCUGGACUUCUUCCAGUUCAGCACGGAGAUGGACGAUUUGCUCGCCUGGCUGCAGGACACCUACAGGCUGGUGUCCAGCGAGGACUUUGGACAUGAUGAGUACUCCACACAGUCACUGCUCAAGAAGCACAGAGGUGUGUGUGAGGACAUCGACAAUCACCAGCUACAUGUGGCGGCCCUGCACAAGCAUGUGGCAGUACUGCCGCUGCAUUUCCGUGAGCUGGAGGAGGUGCAGGCACGCGUGAGCGAGGCUGAACAGCUCUACGCUGAAGUGGCUGAGGUGGCCGUGCUGAGGCAACAGUGGUUGCAUGACGCGUUGGCUGUGUACCACAUGUUCAGCGAGGUGAACGCCUGUGAGGUGUGGAUCGAUGAAAAGGAGCAGUGGCUGAAUAAGAUGGAGGUGCCAGAGAGGCUGGAGGAUGUGGAGGUGGUGGCCCACAGAUUUGAAAGCCUGGACCAGGAGAUGAACAGCCUGAUGGGACGCAUACUGGAUGUCAAUCAAAUAGUGCAGCAACUCCUGGACAGUGGCCAUCCAAGUUCCACUGAGGUCAGAGGCUGUCAGGAUCAUCUUAAUAGCAGGUGGAACCGUAUGGUGGAGCUGGUAGAACAGAAGAAGGAUCAUUUGGACUCCAUCCUGCGCAUCCAGAACUACCUGCUAGAAUGCACAGAGAUCAAGUCCCAGAUCCAGGAUAAGCGGAAAGCUAUCGAUGCCACCCAGUAUGUGGGCAGUGACCUGGGCAGUGUGCUGGCAUUGCAGCGGCGCCUGUCCACCAUGGAGGGCGCUCUAGCCGUCCUAGAGCCCAAACUCAUCCACCUACAGCAGGAAGCAGAGGAGCUGGCCACCUCCCACCCGGACAAGGCUGUGGAGAUCCUGCUGCCCUUUGAGGGCAUAAGCGUAGAGUGGGAGGAGCUGAAACGGACCCUGCAGGGCUGUGAGGACUCGCUCACAGUUGCCGGUCGCCUGCAGCAGUUCAUCCAAGACCUGGAUUCUUUCCUCACAUGGCUGGUGCAGACGCAGACGGCGGCGGCUUCAGACGAGCUUCCCAACACGCUGGAGGAGGCCGAGAGGCUCAUCAACCUACACGCAGCCCUCAAGGAGGAGAUCGGCCGCUACGAAGAAGACUACGAGCGCCUGCAGAGCGCGAAUGAGAUCCUGGAGUCGGAGGACUCGCCGCUGCCUCGUGCUGCACUGCAACAGUGGCUGCACAAGCUGGAUGUGGGAUGGAGCAAGCUCCUAGAGAUGUGGGAGAGCCGUCGGGAUGUGCUGGUGCAGGCACACAUCUUCCAUCUGUUCCUAAGGGAUGUGAAGCAGGCUGAGGCCUUUCUCAACAACCAGGAGUCAGCCCUGGCCCACGUGGAGCUACCAACUACGGUGGAGACAGUGGAGGCUGCUAUUAAGAAGCAUAAGGAGUUCACCACCACCAUGGAGCUGAACCUGCACCGAAUCAAGGCUGUCAUAGAGGCAGGAGAAAGCCUGAUUAGUCAGAGCAACAUCUACUCGGAGCGCAUCCGAGAGCGGGUGGACCUGCUCACUACCAGAGGGAAUGAGAACCGGGAACUGGCCCAGCAGUGGCUCCGGAAACUGAACGAACAGUGGGAGCUGCAGAGGUUCCUGCAGGACUGCCACGAGCUGGGUGACUGGGUGGCAGAGAAGAUGCUAAUGGCUCGGGAUACGUCUCGCGAUGAGGCACAGAAACUGCACAAGAAAUGGCUGAAGCACCAGGCUUUCAUGGCAGAACUCGCACAGAAUAAGGAGUGGCUCGACAAAAUUGAGAAGGAGGGCCAGAAGCUGAUGCAGGAGAAGCCAGAGCUGGGUGCAGCUGUCCGGCAGAAACUGAGUGAGAUCCGCGAGUGCUGGCAGGACUUGGAGAGCACCACUCAGGCCAAGGCCAGGCAGCUGUUCCAGGCCAACCAGGCCAACCUGGUGGUCCAGAGCUACACCAGCCUGGACCAACGGCUGCAGCAGCUCGAGGGUCAGCUGGCACAUGCCGACUAUGGCCAGGACCUCACCUCCGUCAACAAGCAGCUGAAGAAUCUACAGAUGAUGGAGAGUCAGGUGGAGGAGUGGUGUAAGGAGGUGGGAGAGCUUCAAGCCCAGACCUCCUCCAUCUCUCAGCAAGUCCAGAUUAUGGAUGUGGUGUCCGAGCAACAGGCUGCUGUGGAAACGCGUAUUGUGCGGCUCAUCGAGCCUCUUAAGGAGAGACGACGUAUCCUGCUUGCCUCUAAAGAGGUGCACCAAGUGGGCCGAGACCUAGAGGAUGAAAUUUUGUGGGUGCAAGAGCGCCUCCCCAUGGCCACAUCACAGGAACAUGGAACCAGUUUACAGGCUGUGCAGCAGCUCAUGAAAAAAAAUCAGGGCCUACAGAGGGAGCUGGAGAGUCACCGCGGGCGGGUGGAGGAUGUGUUGGAGCGGGCAGGGGUGAUCGCCUCCAUCCGCAGCCCCGAGGCCGACUGUGUGAGGGCAUGCAUGGAGCAGCUGGAGGGGCUGUGGGGGGUGCUGUGGACUGAGACAGAGCACCGGCAGCUGACCCUGGAUGCCAUGUACCAGGCCCACCAGUACUACUUCGACAUCACCGAGGUUGAGGCCUGGCUCAGUGAACAAGAGCUGCACAUGAUGAAUGAGGAGAAAGGAAAGGAUGAGGCCAGUACACUCCAGCUACUGAAGAAACACCUGGUACUGGAGCAGACCAUAGAGGACUACGCAGAGACCAUCGGCCUCCUCUCCCAGCAGUGCAGACAGCUACUGGAGCUCGGCCACCCAGAGAGUGAGCAGAUCAGUAAACGCCAGUCCCAGAUUGACCGGCUAUACGUGUCUCUGAAGGACCUGGUGGAGGAGAGGAAGUGUCAACUUGAGCAGCAGUACUGGCUCUACCAGCUCAACCGGGAAGUCGAUGAGCUCGAACAGUGGAUCGCCGAGAGAGAGGUCACGGCCAGCUCCACAGAGCUGGGCCAAGACUUUGAGCAUGUGACGGUCCUGCAGGAUAAGUUCACUGAGUUCACCUCAGAGACAGGUCGCCUCGGUCAGGAGAGAGUGACGGCUGUCAAUCAGAUGGUGGACGAGCUGAUUGACUAUGGACACGCAGACGCGGCCACCAUUGCCGAGUGGAAAGAUGCCGUGAAUGAGGCGUGGGCUGACCUGCUGGAGCUGAUGGAGACCAGGGGUCAGAUGCUCGCAGCUUCCCACCAGCUGCACAAAUUCUUCUCUGAUUGCCGAGAGGUGCUAGUGCACAUAGGGGACAAACAGCAGAGGCUGCCCGAAGUGCGUGCCCGCCAGGAUGGCUCCACUAACACCAGCACCCUGCAGAGACUCAUGAACACCUUUGAACAUGACAUCCAGCUGCUGGUUGGCCAGGUAAGACAGUUACAGGAGAGUGCUGCGCAACUCCGAACAGUCUAUGCUGGAGAGAAGGCCGAAGCCAUCAGCAUUCGGGAACAAGAAGUGAUGCAAGCAUGGAAAGAGCUGCUAAUUUCUUGUGAGGAGUGCCGUGUACAGAUCACUACAGCAACAGACAAACUACGCUUUUUCGGUGUGGUCCGAGACCAGUUGAUGUGGAUGGACAGCAUCAUCUGCCAGAUAGGAACUGGAGAGAAGCCCAGGGACGUGUCCUCCGUGGAGGUCCUCAUGAAUUACCACCAGAAUUUGAAGAGUGAGGUGGAGGCUCGCCAGAAGAGCAUGCAGCAGUGUAUCGAGAUGGGCAAGACCCUGCUCGCCGCACGCAACCCCGCCUCUGAGGAGAUCAAAGAGAAAUUGGAGAAGGUACUGAGCAAGCAGAGAGAACUCACAGAGAAAUGGGACAAACAUUGGGAGGAGCUACAGCACAUGUUGGAGGUACAUCAGUUUGCCCAGGAGGCCAUGGUAGCUGAGGCAUGGCUCACAGCGCAGGAACCAUUCCUGAGUAGUAAGGAACUAGGCGCCAGUGUGGAUGAGGUGGAGCAGCUGAUUCGGCGUCACGAGGCUUUCCGCAAAGCAGCUGCCACCUGGGAGGAGAGGUUCAGCUCUCUCCGACGCCUUACCACGGUGGAGAAAAUAAAGGCAGAGCAGAGUAAACUCCCCCCGACUCCUCUUCUGGGUCGCAAAGUUUUCCUGGACCCCCAGGACUCGUCUCCAGGCCGGAGCAGCCCCUCCUCACUUCUCCGGCAGGCCGUCUAUGAGCAUGGCGAGCCUCGGGUGGAGCGCAUCACCGCUUACCCCUCUCCCUCAUCAGUAGCUCGCAGACUUGGCUCCACUGUGGCCAACUACACACCCAUCAUGAACGGAGCAGCUACCUACCGCAUCCAGGAAGCCAGGAAUGCAGGCGUGCUGGGUGUGGCUGCUGGUCUUGGCAUGCCUGUGGAGCUGAAAGUCACUCAACUCUGCCCCACGCUGGAGAGGGAGUGGGACAGGCAGCAGGAGAAUGUGAUGGCAGAGGUGGUGCUCCAGGAGCCAGGUGGAGGCAGGAAGAGGCUGAACAGUGGCCCAGGGGGAAGUGGCAGCAGCCGGUCUGAACUGCAGGUAGAGCAGCAUCCACCUCCGAGGGAGACACGGCUUGAGCGACAGCUCUCCAACGAUCAACUGAUCCAGGCAAGGAGAGACGAACUCCCCCAGGAGGUGUGGCGGGAGAGGGCGGAGCGUGAGAGGCGUCUGGAGAGGCAGACGUCCAGUGAACAAGAGGGUCCUGCCCAUGGACAUGAACCUCGGCACAGGGACAGACACCGGCUAGAGAGGCAGGAGAGCAGUGAACAUGAGACAGGCAGGGACCACUCAGACAGACGCUCCGGAGGAGGAGAGAAAAGGUCUACUUUAGCUGAUAUUGUGGAGCAGCUUCAAGAGAGAGAAGCUGCACAGGCCCGUGGGGAAAUCCCCCGUCUCCCAAACGGCUUUCCUGAGAAGUCUUCACGACCAGACCGUCCGCGGGCUCGAGAUCGACCCAAACCACGGAGAAGACCGCGGCCCAAGGAGGGGAUGGUGGUGGAAACGCGGCGGUCUCGCUCGGCGCCAGCUCAGAGCAGCCCAACAGCACCCCAGCCACCUACCCACACUGCCCAGCAUGAGGGGUUCCUCUUCCGAAAGCUGGAUAUCGAGAGCCAGAAGAAGAGUUCCAACAGCAGGUCUUGGGUGAACUUGUACUGCGUGUUGACGAAGGGAGAGCUCGCUUUCUACAAGGACUCCAAGAACACCACCACAUCUUACAACAACGAGCCAAUCAUUAACCUUAGCAGCUGUUCGUGCGACAUCACCAACGGAUACAAGAAGAAGAAAAACGUCUUCACGCUCAAAACUAAAGAUGGGAACGAAUUUCUCUUCCAUGCUAAAGAUGAGGAUGAUCUGAAGGCCUGGAUAACCAGUAUCAACACAAGUAUCUGUGAGCAUGAGGAGAUGGCCAAAUGGGGGCAGUCUCAUCCUACUACCUCAUCCACAGACGAGGGCACACGGCGGGAUGGUAGCAGGGCCGGGGCCUCAGAGAGGGGCGAGAGGUCGGACCGAGCCGACCGGGGCUCUGAGCGCUCUGACAAAGGGGAAAAACCAGAGAAAAAGACUGGGAAGAAGAAAUGAGGGUCCACUCCACCCCCUAGCCAUUGGACACAGGAAUCAGGAUCUGAGUCAGGGAGCCGGACAUGACAAGACUGUGCUGGCAGUACGGAGAAAUAGAGACAUCACUGUGCUCUUGUCUGUCAAGCUUUCCACUGAAGGGAGGACUCAGCCAGUACUGGCUUUGAGUGGAACUGUCCUGAGGCAGAAUGCCCCCCUAGUGGCUGCUGGUCACCACCACAAUAAGCAGCCCUGUAAGGGCCAAAGAGUAGAAGGCAGAGGUAAAAUGAAAAUAGUUCUGAGAGAGGUUACAAUGAAGUAGCUCAUGAUAUUUAUUUUUUAAUUUGUUUGUUGAAAGAUGAAUCCUAUAUGUGUAACUGUCUAUUUGUAUAUUGUGUGUCUUGACAUCUAACCUGUUUGAUUAAAUGCUGAAAAAGAAUGGAAAUAUGCCAGAAUUUUUCUCAAGAUUUUUCUCAAGUUUUUCUUUUAGCAAGCAUGUUGGUCUGUUUUUGUUUUUUGCUUUUUUUCUAGUUAAUUUGCUCUUUUAUACAAUCCAUUUUUUAUUGUUGUUUAUUUAUUGGUUCUUCCAAAUCUCAAAUACUUUUCUCAACACUUUGUAAACCACAAUAUGGCUGAUCGUACAGUAUUGUCCAGCAUGCCUUUUGGGGUAAACUCCAGAUCUGUUCAAAAUAAGCGGAAUAACGUUAAUAGGGUGUGUAUUGUCUGAAAUCUGGUUUCUAUGGAAGCUUCCUUAUUUUGGAGAAUAACCCAUAGCAUUGAUAUAUGUGCAUUUCCUUUUGCAAUGGAAUGGAAAAGUGACAAAAUUAUUUGGACAGCCCAUAUUUCCUGUUUCAGUGUUAGCGGGGGAUACCAAAUUUUCAUCUGUAUCUACUUAAAGUUGUUUGAAACAUAAAAAUGAGUCAUAUUGUGUGUUCAAAGACAGAAAAACAAGGCAUGUGUGUGUGCUUACAUCUUGCAGGUAAUGAUAACUCAGGCAUGUCAUUUCCCCUUGUCUUCCUUAUAUUACACUAAUGAGUCCAACUGCUCCUUAACUGCAUCUUAACUUUUGUGUGAAAUGUGCAUAUACAUUUUUAUAAGUUAAAUAACAGUUGCAGUAUCCAACCACUGCAUGAAUAAAUUAUUUUGUAGUAAGUGCUUCUCCUGUGCUUCUACUUUCAGUUUGGUCAUUUUGUUUCAUCUUUUUAGUUGAUAAUGGUGUGAGAUAACAGUGAUGGCUCUGUGGUAUCAAUUGUGCAUCUUGUUUCAUUAGAACUGCAGCGAGGGAGCGGGAUUUUUGCUCAGAAUUGUAAGCUGCAGGUGGGAGGGAGUGGUUUCCAGCUCUUGGGCUCUGCAAAUGUUUCUGUUUUUUUCUGUUCUGACAACAUGACCCAGAUCACAAAGGGCUUGGUAAUUGAAGAGUUAAAUUGGGCUAUCUGAUCAGCUCAAAUGCAAAAAUGUGCAGACCAUGGGGACCCUAAGACUGGGAUUGUGGGAUUGGGAACCUCAAAUAUAACUGGAGAUAUAUUAAAGGAACGUAGUAUAUUACAUGGCUUUCAGACAUAUGUAAUGCAGGGAUUUCAUAUCACAUACGAUAUGUUUACUGUUCAGAUUUUUUUUGUGCAUUAAUAUACAUGUGAAUGACAAACCACUGUAGACAUUAUUGCAUGGUAGGUUAGACUGCAAUGAUGACUUUUUUAUGUGCUAAACAACUCUCAGUCUCUUCUAUUGUGAGGAAAUAUAACUAUAAAAUUAUAAUUUUCUCUCGUUUUGCCCUGUGGCUGGUAACCAGCCCUGGAGCCAAAAGCGUGAGUUACUGCUCCACCCUGGCUAAUUUGUAGGGGGUAGUACAUCAUGUACCAAACCUAAGCCUCAUGCAUCAUCUAGUUGAUAACAUUAUUUACAUAUUUUACAUUCGAAUUUGAAUUGAAAUGUUUACAUUAAUGUGUUUAUCAUAUAAAAUAUU